AUGGGGAACAGCACCACUGUGGCUGAGUUUGUCCUGCUGGGGCUCUCAGAUGCCUGUGACCUGCAGAUGCUCCUCUUCCUGGGGUUUCUCCUGACCUACCUCCUCACUCUGCUGGGGAAUCUCCUCAUCGUGGUCAUCACCCUCAUGGACAGACGCCUCCACACCGCCAUGUACUACUUCCUCAGCAACCUUGCUGUCCUGGAGAUCUGGUUCACCUCAGUCAUUUUUCCCAAGAUGCUGAACAAUAUCUUAACUGGAAGUAAGACCAUCUCUCUACCAGGCUGCUUCCUACAGGGUUUCCUCUAUUUCUUCCUAGGUACCACAGAGUUUUAUCUCCUGGCAGUGAUGUCUUUUGACAGGUAUGUAGCUAUUUGUAACCCCCUGCGCUAUGCCACCAUCAUGAGCAAAAGGGUUUGUGUCCAAUUGGUCCUUUGUUCAUGGAUGACAGGAUUCCUUCUCAUCAUUGUUCCUAGUUCAAUCACAAUUCAACAGCCAUUCUGUGGCCCCAAUAUCAUUAAUCAUUUCUUCUGUGACAACUUUCCUAUCCUGGAACUCAUAUGUGCAGAUACAAGUCUGAUAGAGUUUCUGGGCUUUAUUGCAGCCAACUUCAGCUUACUGGGCACUCUCUCUGUGACAGCCACCUGCUAUGGCCACAUCCUCCACACCAUCCUGCACAUCCCCUCAGCCAAGGAGCGCCAGAAAGCCUUCUCAACCUGCUCCUCCCACAUCGUCGUGUCUUUCUUCUAUGGCAGCUGCAUCUUCAUGUAUGUCCGGUCAGGCAAGGGUGGCCAGAGAGAGAACAGAAGCAAGGUAGUGGCCCUUCUCAACACUGUGGUGACCCCAAUGGUCAAUCCCUUCAUCUACUCCCUGAGAAACAAACAGGUGAAGCAGGUGUUGAGGGAGCACGUAAGCAAGCUCCUCUCAUAA